AUGUUAUCAUCAUUACAAUAUCCAAUCUGUGCUCAAAUUUUAUUAAAUCAAAAUGGUAUACAAUCUAAAUAUAUAUCUUCACGUGGUUUAUCUGGUCGUGUUAUACCAGCUGGAACCUUUCCAAACAAAAUUUUAGCUUUAGAAUAUUUAUAUGGACUUCAAUGUCCAAUACCCAAUUUACCACCGCGACCAUAUACUAUUCAAAGCGUUGAGUUAGUACAUAUCGCUUAUGAUGAUCGAUAUUUGAUCACUCAAAAUGAAAUAAUAGUUCAUUUAACUGGUAAUAAACGAUUAACUGUUUUUACAAAUAUGGCUUUUGAUAAAGAUUAUAAAUUAUGUGGCUAUGAGGGACAAAUACGAAAUUUUGGAUUAACAUUUGAUCCAUCUACAAAUAUUGAACGUCAAGGAAUAAUAUAUCUCAUAUGUAAUAUUACACAAACAUUUUGUAAUGGACCAUUAAAACAAUAUUCAAGUGUGAAUAAAUGUAUACAAUAUUUAACGACAAGUGUACCUUAUGGUUCAUACGAUAGAGGAGACCAAGGAAAUGUUGCUUGCCGCACAAUUCAUGCAUAUUUUGUUCCUUUAUUACCAUCUGUACACUGUCCACAUGUUGGUCCAACUGGAGGAGGAGCAUGUACUGAUAAAACAAUUAACUUUUAUUAUAAUCAACCAAAUUUUCUUAAAUGUGCCCAUAAACAAUAA